AUGGUUCCCAAGGCCCCAGGGGUCCCGCGGGUGAGAACCUGCCCGCUGUUUGCUCCAGAGCCUGAGGUCUUCCCUCACUGUUCUGAGCUCUCUGAGGAGCAGGAAGAGCAGCUCCUGCUGAAGGACUCCGAGUGCAGAGCGCGCCUCUUCCCCAGGCCCUGGGACCUGCGGCAGCUGCAGGUGUGGGAGCGCCCCGUGGCCCUGCAGGCUGAGCUGGCCCUGACCCUGAAGGUCCUGGACACCGUGACAGACCCGGCCCUGGGGGCCGUCCUGGAGCAGCCCCUCCGCACGCUGUGGCACUUCCACUCCCAGCUGCGGGCCUGUGUCCCGGCCCCGCCCACAGCCACCCCCAGGCCCCUCAGCCACCGCCUGUCCCACUGGCUGCAGAGGCUCCACCAGGCCCCCAAGAAGGAGUCCCCUGGCUGCCUCCAGGCCUCUGUGGUCCUCAACCUCUUCCGCCUGCUCACCCGGGACCUCAGAUGCGUCGCCAGGCCUGACCUGUGUGCCUGA